ACCUUAGUGUGUGGAGGGAACUUUCAGGAACAUCCACCAUGCUAGGGUUUGAAAUUUGUCACACAGAGAGAAAAAACGGGAGAGGACAAAAUGUGUAACGGAUCACCAUUUGUGUAAGUUGACAAUAGAACUUUCACUUGUGCUUUCUCAGGUUUUUAAAAAGAGUCAACAAUACAAAAAUGCCUAAAAACGGACAAAGCGCUGGAAAAAACCUGUCACCACCCCCACAUGUCAUGGAAGUCAAGCGAGACUCGACAGGAUAUAACUUUGGAAAAACAGAUUUCCUGCCAAUUAUUGACGGAUGCAUUCAGCUAAUUAUCGGCCUCACAAAGAAGAGAUCACAAUAGCUUCAACUGCCGAGGCUCAGCGAGGAUUUGCCUUGUAUCAAGGAAUGUUUCAGAUGUGGACACGAUUAGUUUAGAUGUUUCGAGAAGACUGGCACCACGGAUAUUUUCUGGUCUAUUCACACGAGCGCAGAUGAUGAAAUGUGGUUUGAUUCUCGACUUUUAAGCAAAAUUCGUUUCGUCCCAAACCCACGUGUGUCCGGCGCUCGUUACAUAGCAUCGACAGAGGACAGCUAGCAGAUGUUUGUCAUCGCAUCUUUCAUCAAGCCUUCAGCGGGAUUCCGGGGUUCUGAAAAAAAGAUGAACACGAAGGUGACUUUUGAGAUGAAAUCGAUGAAGAAGAGCUCUCAGUUCACGGUGACCCCUGUGCGGCAAAACAGCAGCAGCAACAGCGCCGGCGACAAGUACAGCCCCAACCGGAACAGCUUCCGAAAAAAUUUCGCCCAUUUCGAGCUCGGCGAUGAUGGCGAGGCAGGGGACACCCAGAACAGCAUCACGUCGCUUCUUUCUUCCAAGUUCCGAGACUUGAGCAAAAGAUGGAAGCAGUAUGGUGAGGAAUCUCCACGUUUCAGGAAGAGGCUGGUAUCAAAAUGGGAGAGUCUCAAUUAUGACAAGAUUGACAGUACUUUGCACCAGCAGGACAAUGAAUUGCAGAAAAAGAAAUCAAAGAGGCGUCUAACUUUUGAGUGGAUCAUCCGUUGGUUCAUGAUGUUUCUUGUUGGCAUUGGAACUUCUCUACUGGCUGCUGGAGUUCACAUUUCUGUGGAGCUUGUUUCCCAUGAAAAAUUCCUUCUUAUUGCCAAAUAUCUGGAUGAAUGCUCAGAAAACAACUGUCUUAUUAAACCAGUUGCUAUCUGGUGUGCUAUUAACUUAGGGAUAACUCUCCUUGGUGCUUCAUUAGUCACAUAUGUUCAGCCCCGGGCAGCAGGGAGUGGCAUUCCACUCAUAAAAUCUUACCUCAAUGGUAUCCGUGUUCCUGGUCUUCUUUCACUUCGUGCUUUCAUUGCUAAAACUGUGGGAGUCAUUCUUUCCAUCCUUGGUGGGCUCGCCUGUGGCAAGGAAGGACCAAUGGCACACUCUGGUGGUAUUAUUGCUGCUGGGCUUGGCAAGGGCAGAAUACCAUGGUUCUCAAGAGAUAUCAAAGUGUACAGCAUGUUCCGUACAGAUCAUGAUAUACGUGACUUUGUAGCUGCAGGAGCAGCCUCUGGUGUAUCUGCUGCCUUUGGUGCUCCUGUUGGUGGCACUCUAUUUAGCGUUGAAGAGGCAGCUAGUUUCUGGAACACAGAUCUCGUGUGGCAUGUGUUUUUCUCAGCUAUGAUUGCAUGCUUUUCAACAAAUUUCCUUCUUAGUGCCUUUGAAGGACAUCCAACAGAACUAUCUCAUCCAGGACUUGUGCGGUUCAACACAUUCCCAAAUCUUACAUUUGACCUCAUCGAAAUCCCUGUGUUCAUUAUAAUGGCAGUUGUUGGUGGGCUGAUUGGUGCUUUGUUUGUUGUCAUGAACUACAAGCUCACUAUAUUUAGACAAAAGUAUUUGCACAGGCACAACUGGAUAAAAGUUGCAGAAGCAGGUCUGGUGUCUGUAGUCUGUGCCAUCAUUGGUUUUCUGCUCAUGUUUGGGGUAAACGAAUGUACAACUGCAGAACCCAGUAGACGUCAUGCAACCACCUCAAAGAUGUUCUGCAGUGGUGACUCUCACAACUCCAUGUCUACUCUGUUUCUCACCACACCAGAAGGUUGCCUCAAAUCUCUACUGCAUGACCCAUUAGAUUCUUACAGUCCCGUUGCCUUGACUGCCUUUAUCAUCCUCUUCUUCUUGCUGUCGGUGUGGACAUAUGGACUGAGCGUGUCCAGUGGGGUCUUCAUUCCGUCGCUGGCUCUAGGUGCUGCCUGGGGUCGUCUCAUGGGCAUGGGUGUUGUACAACUUUUUCCUGAGCAGAAAAACCCAGCCAAUAUUAGCAAAGCUCUGCUCAUGAGAGGUUUGUCCAUAUCUGGGGAAUAUGGGGCUAAAGAUGUAGGGAAAUAUGCACUAAUUGGAGCAGCAUCUCAGUUGGGAGGUAUUUUACGCACAACCAUCUCUUUGACUGUCAUUAUUGUGGAAUGUACAGGAGACAUUUCAUUUGGCCUUUGCAUCAUGAUCACAUUGAUGAUCUCCAAAUGGGUUGGUGACUUCUUCACAACUGGUUUGUAUGACAUGAAUAUAGAAGUCAGUGGCAUACCCCUCUUGUCAUCGGAACCACCACCACUGUGUGAAAAUGUCAAGGCCAGUGAACUGAUGAGUCAGCCAGUGUUGUCAAUCUAUCCAGUGGAGAAGGUGGGACACAUCAUCGACAUUUUGGAGAACGAGACUUUUCACGGAUUCCCCAUCAUUGACCAGGACCCAUCUAGCUUUCUGCAGGCCAAGGGAAAACUCCAUGGCCUUAUCCUGAGGUCUCAGCUUCUCAUCAUGCUGCAAAAGAAGGUAUUUGCUCCUGAAGGCCAAAAGAUAAAGAAAAAACUCACCCUUAACGAUUUCAACGACCCACAUUCAGUACCAGUCCACCUGACCAUCAAGGAUAUAGAGAUUACAGAGGAAGAGAAGCAUCACGUCAUUGAUGUUCGCCCGUAUAUGAACAGGACACCAUACACUGUCACACCGGAUUUCUCUCUGGCUCGAGUUUUCCGGUUAUUUCGGGGUCUUGGACUACGUCAUUUGGUAGUAGUUGAUGAAGAAUUUCAGCCCCUUGGCAUGGUGACAAGAAAGGACCUGGCUAAGUACCGUGCUGGCACCAAGCGUGGCAUGUUGCAUAUGGAACAACUGACCAUUGAAAAUGUCUAGCAUGUCUUUACAUUCAGUUUUUAGUUCAAAGUGAGCUAUGAAAUUCAAAAAUCCAGAACUCAUUUUAAAGCAAAGACUGCUUCUGGUGCAGCAUGUUUGGUAAUGUUAUCAAGUUAAAAAAAAAACAAAAAACACCCCUCCUGUUAGCAGUGUUUCCGACUUCAACACCUGUGAUAUAUAACUACUGAAUUUCACGACCCCAGAUCUAAAUCUGUGCUCACUGUAACCCAGCCUCCUUCGAAGUGCUUGAUUGUUGUGGUGGUACCAGCAGUCAAACAACACCAGUUCUUUACCUGGCACCAAGCCACAUUUACUUUGAUCUCCUUCUGGGUCAGGCACCCUGAAAUGAAUAGUUUAUAUCAAUAGCAACAAAAGCCUGGUGUGCACAGGUGUUGAAUCCAUAAACAUUUAAUUAUGAAGUAAACACUAUUGGUUUCCAGUGCACAAGAACCAAUACAAUCAAGAAGGAACACAGUAUUGUGAAAAGUGAUGAAUACAUUUGGUGAGACUUGUGCUAGAACGAAUGUCCUUACGAAUGUAAGGAACAAUGUCUCUUAGGAGACAAUGUGCAGAACUUCAUUUACAAAAACUUUCUUUUACAGAGGCUUCAAAACAAAAGGCUUCAAUGAAGUGAAAAUGAAAGUGUUAUGUUUUUUUAUAUAAAGAAUUGGUUUGGUCCGUGUGUAGGAAGAUGCCACACUGAAUAAUGCAGAUGGCAUCAGAAUUUGAAAAGACAAGUCAGAAUCAUCAUUGAUUAAAUUAUUGACAAUUGCUUCAAAAGUGUUCAAUUCCUUAUACAUGUGUUUCAGUAUUUAUGCCACUGUUGAUUUACAAAAUCUAAUAAGUAGGCAUAUGAUAAAUUCUACGCUUAUUUUACCUAUUUUAUAUUUGUCAUUUAUGCUGUUCUAGAAUUUCUCUUAACUGUUUUCCCAUAUCAUUUCUGUUUUGUUUUCUGACAUCCAAGAAAGAAGCUUGUUCAGUUUCAGAUGAACAAGACAUUUUUCACUGAUCCAUACAAAUUGGCUUUCUCAUGUUGUAUACCUUAGAUACAAUUACACUACAAAACGCUGAUCACAUUCACACAUUGCACUUAAAAUAUUUAUGCAAACUGCUUUCUAGAUUUCUUGGUUUGAUUACUAUUUACAAUUAAAGAUCAGUUUGUGUAAAAGUGCCAUUUAUAAAAUCCUCUCUGAAUGGGAGUCACUAAAAAUAUUCUGAAAUGCUUUGUACUACUUAAUGAAUAGACAAAAGGUAAAAAAACUGUGCUUUCAAAAACUGCCUUGAUUUAAUUUCUUGUCAUUCACAAUAACAGUAGCACUCAGAUGUUUUAUCCGGAGAUGUGCCUAGUUUACAGUGAAAUGCAAUUUGUUAAUACAAUUCUGAAUUCCCUGAUCAUUUAGCACUGUAUUCAAAGAUAUCUUGUUAUCCUUCACAGGGCAAUUAUUUUGUACUACUUCGUGGAUGCAGCCGCCCAACAAGCCUUAUAUUUGGUCAUUUUAAAUAAAGCGCUAGUCUGCACACUUC